GUUUCAGCUUUAAAUAACCAUGCCAUAUAAAGAUGUACUGUAUGUUUAUCUUUCAAAACCGUAGGCAUAUUAACAAUGCCAUAAAUGAAUUGGUAGUAAGGUUUCACCAAUUUUCAACACAAUACGUCAUUGAGAAAUGAUUUACGACACGAGGAAACCGUUUCCACGCAUUAUAAAUUAAGAUGAGACAUUGUUUACUUCAGUCGGCUAUUUCUUACAAUUGAAAGUAUUGUAACUUACUGUAAUUAUAAAUUGUAUUAUUUAAAAUUAUAAUAAUUUACUGAGAUCGGGCUGUGACGGUCAGAGUAAUCUCAACCAAAUAAAAUCUAGACAAAAUCUGUUUUCACUGGAAGUGCUGCACACGGUGUUAAAAAAUUUAUUUUUGAAUAGGCCUAUUAUCGAUUUUUGAUAAUACGAAUAUGCCUAGUCUACUAAUAUUAUUUCAAUUUGAUUUUCAUAGCCCCCUCCCCCAACCCGAUAUAGAGAAUUGUAGUAAAUCUGAAUUUUUAUAUGAAUAAAAUUUAGUCUAUAUAAGCUAUAAGUGAGCAAAAAUAUGCAUAACAACAAUAAUAGAUCUCUAAGUUAACCCCAAAUAACACCCACAAAUAACACUAAUGCAAGUACCCGAAUAGUGUGUUUAGAAACCCUCUAAUUCAGAGACCACUUUUUCAAAGAACUCAAGUAACAAUCUUUUAACGCGCAUAUAACCCUCUAAGCGGAGACUAAACCCGGGACCACUUUAAAUUUUGAGGUCCCAGAGGUGGUGUUGAAUUGUAAUUUGAGAGCGGAUUUAUUAUAAGUAAUAUUUCGGCAGAUUUCGAUCUUAACUAGAAUGAAGACAGUAUGACGAUUUCUAUGUGCACCACAUCUAUAAUUAGGCCUAUUGUAAGAGUUUAUAACCAGUAGCGGAUUCAAUGGCUAGGGGAGCAUUUUCCAAAACAAAAAAAAUUAAUGCAGAGAAAAAACAAAAAUUAAUUCAAAUUUAAAUCUGAGAAUGCAUUUUCCGGCCAUAAAGAAAUGCCAUAAUUAUACAUUUUCGUACCUCAGACCCAACCAUGUUGAAGCUCAGGCGGUGGUCUGCAUCCUCCAUCUUUGAAAGUCCCCUGUAGUUCGAAUUCCUGGAUCCGCCACCGAUAACAUUUAUUCAAGACCCAUAACAAUCAUUUGUAAUACCUUUUGUAACAAACACAAAAACUAGAUCUCUUACUUUCGCAAUUUUUGUUCAUAAAUUUGACAAUAAAAUCAACUGGUUAACAUGAAAGUGCACUUUUAGUAACGGAUCUAUAAAGUGAUAGUAACUACAGUAGGACACAGUCAAUUGCCUAAGUUAGUAACGCAUGCCGCGUUAAAGAUGUUAGGGAAACACGAUCGAUUACCCAGUUUGUAACUAUAAAAUCCGCUUAUAUCGCAACAGAUUUUAAAGUUACAGGCCUACUUUCUGUAUUGAGGGAAUAAACGGGGUAAAUAAUAUUUUUAACUUUUGAAGUAGUAUGUUGUUUGUUUAGUUUCACUUGAAAAUUAGAUCCGAGAUAUAUUUUCUUCGCCCGUUAACAAAAGGAAAAGUUGCAAAUGAUAAUGUAUUUUUCGCGGUACACACUUAAAUUUGAUUGUCUGGUACUAAAAGUGUGAAACAAUUUAAGAAGUUCAACAGUAACAGGUAUAUAGUCUAAAUUAGACUGACUUGUUCGUUCUUUGUCUCAUUAGAGUUGGAAAUUGAUUAGAUUUAUUAAAAAUGAAAGUUUGAGUGGGUUUCCAGAUUUGAAAACGUAGUAUAAUUUUAAAGUAACUUCACCCUUCGAAGUCGAAAUUGUUCCAAAAUGACGUAGUGUGAUGGCGCUGUACCUGUCAAAAACAUGUGUUGCAAAGCUGAAAACAGUUUACUGCUAUGUUUAUCUGAUUACCAACUCAUGAAUACCAAAUCGAGUACCGGCAUUUGAUUAUGACGGUUGUAGCGAUGUAGAAUUACAAAACCCGGGCUUAGCACCGUUUAUGUUGCCUUUGUUUGAUGAGCAAAUCACCUAAUUAUCCAAGGGGGCGGUUCACAGGCGGUGAAACACUUUUGAUAUGGUAAUGAGGCUGACGAAAGGCUAGCUAAUGGCUGAGUAUUUUGUCACGUGCUAUUUCUAGUGAAGUCCCACAACUCUCUGACAAAGCAAAGAUAGGAAGUUAUCAAGAGUGCGACAGGCGCAUUUAUGUCGAAUUCUCUCCACUGAUUAGAGUGGGUGGCCAAUAGUCGCGAUUUACCGUAACUUUACAUAUAUGAACGAAUUAAAAACCAACCUGACAUCUGAUUGAAAUUAUUUUCUGUCGGGUGUUCGUAAAUUCUUCUUGGGUAGAAUUUUACAACAUUUUCAUAACUCCUGGGCUGCAAAGAGACAGAUUAAUAGUUUUCGCUUCUCGGACAUCCUGUUAACCAUCUCAAAGGAAACAGCAAUUUGUCAGCUAUCCGUAAUUCAUGUUACCGCAGGUACAAAAUCGGAGCCCAAACGCAUCGCCUGAUUUACCCGACAUGACUAUCAUUGUAUCAGAGAGUGCAAUGGAUGAGGAGGCUAAGUCCCACACUCUAGGCCAAGAAGGACUUUCAUUGGAGAGAAAGCUAGAUAACAUUAUCGAUGGUUCGCCUCAUUCUCUGGAAUCACAACAUAUUAUCGUGGAUGAGAAUCGCAGCGAUGGAGAUGACUUUAUAAGUUGUAAUGAAAAGGACUCGAUCGAGAUGAAAGAAGACGAACUUGACAAAGAAAUGAACGAUGCAGAAGAUUUCAAAGAUCAAGAUGAUGAUGACAUUGCUAAGGAGCGAGACAAAGACGGACAAGAUACGGGAGACAAGAAAAAGUCAAACUUGGUGAAACCACCGUAUUCGUACAUUGCUCUUAUUACCAUGGCUGUAUUGCAGUCUCCUCAAAAACGACUCACUUUGAGUGGUAUCUGCGAGUUUAUAAUGAAUAGAUUCCCUUACUACAGAGAACGAUUUCCAGUUUGGCAGAACAGUAUUCGUCACAAUCUAUCAUUAAAUGACUGUUUUGUGAAGAUACCAAGAGAACCGGGUAAUCCCGGAAAGGGCAACUAUUGGACCCUCGAUCCAGCUAGUGAGGACAUGUUCGACAAUGGUUCAUUUUUACGGAGGAGAAAACGCUACAAACGUCAACAACAUGAUUUGAUGUUAAGAGAUCAUCCGUUUAUGACCCACCCCUAUGCCCAUCACCUAGGCCUCGGUAUUCACCACGGGAUUUCUCAACAUCACCCUAUGAUGCCGUAUCAUUAUAUUUCCCCACUACCACCGCCAGUGCCUCUACCUCUUCCGCCUACGUUGAGCGGUAUUUCCCCGUUAACUAUGAGCUUUUUACCCGGUCCACCGUGCACAGUCGGCCUACAGUCGGUACCGGGUUCAACGUUGACAACUAAUACAAGCUCAAGUGCAAGACAGGGCUUUUCAAUAGACAAUUUACUUGGACUGAAAAAUUCUAAUUCACAGUCAUCGUCAUCAACAACUUUACCCUCAAAUAGCGUUAGUGUUGCUUUCCGUCCUCCAUCAAGCCUACACUCGCCACUUCGAAGUAUUGGUGCUCCCCACGCUACAAGCGCUUUUUCAGCACCGGUAAACUUUGCUUCAGACUUGGAAAAGUGUAGGCAAUGUGUACAGUGUACAGGCGCCGCAUCGCUUUGUACUUGGAGAUGUUAGUGUAUACUGCAUAGCAAACCCGGACAUAAGGCUUAUCUUCUGCUAAGCAUUCGAAGGACUACAACAAAAGUAGCCAGUACUUUAGCCGGCCUAGAAAACAUUUCAACCAGAACAUAAAUGUGAAACCAGUAAAUUAACAUUUUGCUUAACAGUUUUUAUUAUAUGUAUGACUAUUGACAAAAUUUCGUUGACAUGGAACGGAGUAUUUUUACGGUGAAUAAGCCUAGACAUCGAUACCCAGUUUAGAGGCAAGUUUUUGCAAUUCAUUUGUUUUUUAACGAUAUUAAAUUAUAUUAAUAAAAAUAUAAUGCCAAAGCGUUUACCGGUACCAAUUCAAGUUAAAAGUCACAAUAAUUUACUAUUUACAAAUACUGCUCAGGUACUAUGCUAAAGAAUACAAUAGGCUACGACCUAAACUUAAAUUUCCAGAACGAAUCUGUACUUCGAGUCUGAACCUUAAAAACUCAUUUCUGUCAAACAAUUAAGAAGAGUUUUGAAAAUGGACAAUGGACAACAAAAGUACUUAUUUCUUGUUCUAUGAAAUUUAAGAUUGAAAACCCGUGUUUAUAUAACUAAUGUUUAGGUAUAGUUUUCAGAGGUCUGAUUACAUGAGAUAGCCCAACAUCAAUUUAAGGGCACAAAGGGGAUACCCGUUUUGGUUACCUUUUUCUAAAUCAAGCCAUCGACGCUUUACAAUGAGCCUGUCAAUUUCUGUGAAAAUCAAACACUUAUUAAAAUCGCAGCGCGGUUAAGCGUUGAUUGUAUACACCGCUUCAUAUUAUCCUCUCUAGACCCUUUGGCAAUAUGUUGAUUCUAAUCACUUGAGCGUAAGGGAAACAUAAUUACAAGUUAAUUCUCUAACAAUGUCUGAGAUUUCUCUAUAAAAGCUCAAAAGUUAUUCAGUUUAUAGUCGUAGUUUUACACCUCUCAUCUAGGGGUGAGUAACCUUACAAUAAAUAUAAUAUAUCCUUGUUGAGUUGCCUUGUAAUCAGGAUAUGCCUAGGCCUUGUUUUGUCUUCACAAAUUGGCAUAUCAUAAUUUCGAUAUAUUUACACUAAUUAAGAAACGAACUUGUAUUUAUAAUGUAUUACAAUGGAUAAAACAUAAAUCGUUGUAAAUGGAAGCCUAGUCAAUAUACACCUUUAAAAUGAUAAUCGUUAAAAUGUUUAUUGACCUUAGGUGUUGUGCAUCGAAUUUAUCCAUAUUAAGAAAUGGUUUACCGGUAUUGAUGCUUGGCCUGUACCUAUGCGCCAUUCGUUGUUAUAUUAUACCAUAAUGAUGUGUUUUUAAGUUAUUAAAUCGUUGAACUGAUUAUAAAAAAAAUGACUUUCACUAUUUAUAUUACUAUAAAAUUGAUAUGCAAUGUAUGGUGAAAUUUGUGAUUUUAAAAAUUGUAAGUUUUGUCUCAACGAAAUAUUGUCUCUAGUACUAAAUACAACUGUAAUGGUAAGACUGUUAAUAUGUUAGCAUUACGGGUGUGUCGCUGGAUAACCAUGUGUUGUCCCACCGAAUAUACAUUUGUUUGUGUUU